UAGGCCUAUUCUUCUAGCCUUUGAGGUUGCCCAAAUUGGUCCAUAUGCCUGCUUUGUUAAAAGUGGGCUAUAGAAUGAACGUGUGUGGUGAAAGUCUAGCCUAUGGGCAAAUAAGAGACAUUCGAGGCAAGACUGCACACGAAAAUGGGCGUGAAUAGUGUUCAGUAGCCUACUCCUGACCCGAAGCCAGAUAACGCUUCGACGGCAAGUCCCAAAAUAGCAUGGGCAGACGGCCUUGGAAAAAUUAAGCUACCAUGAAAUGCUGCGAUGGCGACAGAUCCACCUAUAACGCAACAAAUAACGAAGGAUCGUCGAGAGAUCAAGAGACCACCCGUAAAUAUUCGUCUUGAGGAUGUAGAGGACUGUUUGAUUUAUGACCGACAUGGAGUCUCAACUCUCUUCAAAGAGUUUUACCAAGACAGGAAAUCAGUCGUUAUUUUUGUUCGGAAUUUCUUGUGCCACACCUGCAAAGAAUAUGUGGAUGAUUUGAGCAGAAUACCAGCGGAAGUUCUAAAGGAAGCUGGUCUCAGACUGGUUGUUAUAGGACAAUCAUCUCAUCAUCAUAUUGAAUCGUUCUGCUCACUGACUGGCUACCCUCAUGACAUAUACGUCGACCCAGAGAGAUGCAUAUACAAAAGACUGGGGAUGAGGAGAGGAGAGAUGUCUGUGGAAUCAGCCAAACCUAGCCCUCAUGUGAAGUCAGGUAUGCUGGUGGGCCAUAUGAAGAGCAUGUGGAGGGCCAUGACCAGCCCUAUAUUUGACUUCCAGGGAGAUCCUCGACAGCAGGGUGGAGCCAUAAUCGUUGGCCCAGGCUCUGAGGUCCAUUUUGCCCAUUUUGAUAUGAACCGGCUGGACCACAUGCCCAUCAACUGGUUGCUACAGCUGUCCGGAGUACAACACACACUGGACCUCAGUGAUAAGCCAAAGAUCAUUGUUGUGUAGCCCACUUGUGUAUCCUGCUUUGUUUUUGUGCCAUGAUGAAAAACAUUAAUCUCAUGUCAAUAGUACAUUUUUUGUUUUGAAUACAAAAAACAAUCAGCCACCCAGGCUUGACACCGUGUUGGAGAUGCAUGCUUAAUUGUCUGAUUAUAAUCAUGUACAUAAAAAAAUACUUUCUUUUUCA